AUGCAUUUAGCUUUUACCCAGUGCAGAAGACACAUAGUGCUCUACUACGACGGCAGAACUCAGAACGGACUGCGAAUCCUUCCACAUCUCGUGCUGAUGGCAGAACCUGGGCGGCACAUCACGACGGACCACAUCGUACGUGAUUCCCAGCACAACGUUCCUCAUGGCGGGAUAACGGUCGCAACGGCCGCGGCGCGAGUCGCCCAACGGCUCCAACGGCCGCGGCGCUUCCUGCCCGCGUCACUGCCGGCGCUGCCCAAGAUGGAGGCCGGGCGCGGCGGCGAGGGGUUCCCGCGGCUCCGGCGGGGCCUGCGGGAGGGCGCGGAGCCCCGGGAGCCGCCGCCGCUGCAGCCGCCCCUCGGGACGGCCGAAGAGUCUACAGCUGCAGAGAAGACAAGGAAGCCUCAACCCAGACUGAAUAUUCACUCUGCAUUCUGGAUUUUGGCAUCAAUUGCUGUAACAUAUUACUUUGAGUUCUUUAAAACCAUUAAAGAAACUAUUCAAGGAGAUAGCUGGUGGUUUGCCUCUGGCAGUUGUUUGUUGGCUGCCUGUUUAUCUGUUGCUUUUUACUGUAUAAUAUAUCUGGAGUGGUACUGUGGAAUUGAGGACUAUGAUGCACGAUAUCCAGUACUGAUACCUAUCACGACAGCUACCUUUAUUGCAGCAGCAAUAUGUUUCAAUGUUGCCCUAUGGCCUGUAUGGUCAUUUAUCACACCUUUGUUGCUGUUCACUCAGUUUAUGGGUGUUGUGAUGCUCGUGUCACUCCUGGGAUAAGCCCUUCAGCUUCACGUGAGGACUCGCAUAGCCGUUAUCCUUCAAAGUGAAUGUCACUUAAAUCACAUUCCAUUUUUUUUGAUAUAGUUUUUAAUACUGUUUGUUUGCUAUAACUGACACCAUAAAGACUACCUGAUUUAAAAACCAUAUAGAAAUAAUCAUGGUUCAGCCAGUGCCUGGGAGGAAAUAACUGACUAGCAAAGAACAAAAAGGUAGAUAGGUUUUUAAUCACCUAGUAAUAAAAAGCUUCUUAUCCCUGUUCUGUAAAGUUUUUUUAUUUAUAUUAGUAUGUUAAACAGAUGGGUAAUAAGUCAGUUGUACAGUCUUAAGACUUAUUUGCUGAUAAUCUUAGAAUCAUGGUAUAAUUUAGGUUGAAAGGGACUUCUUGAGAUCACCUAGUGCAGCUUCCUGGUCAAAGCAGAUCUCUCUAUUUGGAAAUAAUUUAUAUUUAAAUUCCAGUGUUUUGGGCUUUUAAUACCACAUUUGAAUUGGGAGAUAAGCUGUUGCUAUUUGGAAACUGCAUAUGCACUUGUUAACUUAUCUACAAAUGACACAGAUAUUUAUUGAUCUGUUAAUCUUAUGAAAUUACAUGUGUUUUCAUGUUCGAAAUAUCUUAUUACAUAGUUCCUUGACUUCAGAUCUACUUGUAUUUUAUUAUAUAGUUCCUUGAUUUCAGGUUAAAGUUAGGGAAAAAAAUCUCAGAUCUGUUAAAGGGCCUAGAAAACUGGUUGAAGUUUACACUUUGUUAACUUGAUGGUGCCAUCAGUGCAAUAAAUACAUUACAUUUUUUGCUGAUGUCAUUUGUCCACAGCCAAAGAUGGAUGAUCAAGCUGCCAAUGACCAGCAAUAUAACAAACAAUUGUCACACUCUACAGGAAACUGAGAGCACAGAAUAAAUUGUUUUGAUAUAUGCACUAUUUUCCAAUAUUCAGGAAGUUUUUCUUUUGUAAAGUAACUUUUCCUUCUUAACCAUGCAUGCUUAUGAAGGUGCCUUUUUUUUUCCUUCAGUAGUAGAAAGGCUAAUAUUAACUUAUUGUCAUUAGCCAUAAACAGCUGGGAAAUGAUGUAACGUUGUUUUUUACCUUGGAUGAGACACUUAAGUAUCUGGAAACAUCUAGUCAUUGGAUCAUUUUUUAUAGUGUUGUGUUAAAUACUUUCAAAGCCAGACAUUUUGGAAGAUACAAGUGUGUAGAAUGUGAGGACGGAAACAAGUGUUACUGCUUGUGAGUGUUGCUUAAAGUCUGGGCUAUAAGAGUGAUGAUGUUCUUAAUUCUGACUUUAAAGUCACAGCAUUGCUGAACACUCACUAUGUGAAAUGUUCAGUAAUGAUAUUACAUAUUUUUACGAUACUGUAAUUUCAUUGUGUGCUGACAGGAACUUCUGUCCACUGUAAAGGAGAAAAUUGUCAUAUUCCUCCUCAGUGCUUAUCUGGUCAAACUAAAAAUGUCUAGUGCUUAAAGGAACAAACUGCUUCUAGUCUUUGUCUUUUAACAGAUCUGAACAAUUUUGCAUCUGCAUAAGCUGAAUAACUUUUUUUUAUUAUAUUUAAAU